AUGACAUCAGUCUUUCAGAUCGUGACCUUCACCUCCGUGCUCAUCUUCGUCGUCGCCGUAACGCAGCAGCAGCAAGGCCGUCCCGCGGCGGCGCCCGCCCACGGCGAGUUCGAGCUGGGAUGGGUGUCCGUCGCCACGCCGGGCUUCGCCGCCGGCAUCACGGCCAGCGCGAACAUCUUCAUCAGCGGGAGCGGGAGCUCCACGUACCUCCCUGUCAUGUCGGAGAUGAAGAGGCCGCAGGACUACCGCAAGGCCGUGUACGUCACCGGGGCGCUCGCGGGUGCCAUGUACCUGGCCUUCUCGCUCGUCGUGCAUCGAUGGUGCGGCGUGUGGCUGACCACGCCGGUAUUCAGCAGCGCGGGCGUCCUCUUCAAGAAGGUGUGCUACGGGGUCGCGCUCCCGGGCCUGGUCAUCGGCGUAGGCAUAUACCAGCACAUCGCGGCCAAGUACGUCUUCGUCCGCGCCCUCAGGGGAUCGCGUCACCUGCAGGAGAACGCGGCCGUGCACUGCAUCGUCCUUGGGGUGCUGGGAUUCGUCGUCGCAGAGUCGGUGCCUAUUCUCCAUUAUAUCCUCGGUCUUGCCGGUUCCGCCUGCUUUGCGCCCUUCAGCCUCGUGUUCCCUGCUUUGCUCUGGAUGCACGACUUCGACUUCGGGGCUGCCAGCUCCGUGUCGGUCAGGGAUAGGGCCAAGUGCGCCUUUCACAUCCUCAUCUUUCUCGUGGGGAUGUUCAUGGUCAUCGGUGGCACGUAA